UCGGCAUCUCUGGUGUGCGUAACAGAAACGUCAAAUUUUUCAAUGGGCCGGUAAAAGAAAAACAAUUAUAGGUGGUAAAAUUUGGAAUAUCAGAGUUUAAGUUUUGUUUUCAUCCAAACCGUACAAUAAUGUCUAAAAAAUUACUUAUGUUACUACCAAGUGGCGCCGAAGAGAUGGAGUUUGUCAUUUGCGUCGACGUUCUGCGUAGAUGUGGUGUGAGCGUUACUAUUGCGGGGCUUGGAGGUAAGCAGAUUACAUGUUCCCGUGAUGUUGUAAUAACUGCGGACACAACACUCAAUGAAGCAUCGAAGGGCGAAUUUGAUGCAAUAGCUCUUCCAGGUGGUCUCGGUGGAUCCAAAGCUAUGGCGGAGUCAACUCAGCUCGGGGAAGUUUUAAAAUCGUUUGAGACAAAUGGGAAAAUAAUUGCUGCAAUUUGUGCAGCUCCAACGGUUUUGUUGGCACAUUCAAUUGCUCUCGGAAAAUCUUUGACGUCAUAUCCUUCUUUCAAAGACAAUCUCUCAGAUAAAUAUAGAUAUAUUGAUGAUAAAAGAGUCGUGAUUGAUGGAAAUUUAAUAACCAGCCGUGGUCCCGGAACGGCGUUUGAUUUUGCUUUGAAGCUUGCAGAAAUUCUGGUUGGCUUGGAUAAAGUAAAACAAGUUUCAUCAGGAAUGCUGUACAGUUUGAACUAGUCGUUAAAUUGUUAUCCAUAUAUAUGUAGAAACGAACGAGUUUAUUUCAUCGAAAAAAAAUUACAGGGUUGUGUAGGAGACACGACCGAUCAUGUUGACAUUAAAAAUGCAAUUUUAAAAAUUUCAACAAAUUCAUAUUUAAAUAAAAAAGGCGGGUGGGUAAUGUUAGUGACAUAAUUGGGUGUCGUUAAUACGAAUAAAACUGGCACGCUUCCUUCACACUUCCGAAUAUCAGUUAGUUGAUUGAUUGUGUGAAUUGUACAA